GAGGCUUCUGGCUGCAGCUGAGCUCGGGAGCAGAGGCCCGUGCCAGCCUGAAGAGUGGGACUCCGGGGGCGCCGCGGGGUUCUGCGCCGCCUGGCGCUCCCCAGGCCGUUACCCGACUCUCGCUCCCGCGGGCAGCGCCUCUCAGGCCACCCCCGAGAGCUCAUCGGACCCCAGCGCGGCCGUUCAAACUGGCGAGUGUGCGCCUCUCGGGGUCCCCGGAUUCCAGGGCUACUUGGGCGCAGAGCCGUGAAAGAGUCUCAGUCCCCAGGCGCCCAGCUUUCGAGUGACCGCCCUCCUACGCCCGUCGACCUGAGCCACCGUUUCUCCUGCUGGGCUCCCCAGCCCUAGCCUGCAGCCGCCCUCGCCCCGGUCCAUCCUUCCAGGAUCUGACUGCGCCGCGUAUAAGCCUCUGAAGUGCUCGGGCUCCCAGGCGGAGUCCUGACCGCAAACCCAAGUUGAAAGUAGCUGAGACUGCUGCACUGCUCCAGUAAUUCAAGUGACUCAAGGAUGACCGCAUAGAACUGGAAAAUUAUUUGUUUAUGAUUCUUCUACCGGAAUACAGCUGCUGUGAAGUUUCCUUCUCUGACCAUUGUUCUGAGCUGUAUUCCCAGUGUCCAGCUACAGUGCUUGGAUGUGAUCUUCGUGGUGGGAAGCUCAGUUUUUAAACUACCCCAAUGGAUGCAGACAGUGAUGUUGCAUUGGACAUUCUAAUUACAAAUGUAGUCUGUGUUUUUAGAACAAGAUGCCAUUUGAACUUAAGGAAGAUUGCUUUGGAGGGAGCAAAUGUAAUUUAUAAGCGUGAUGUUGGAAAAGUAUUAAUGAAGCUUAGAAAACCUAGAAUCACAGCUACAAUUUGGUCCUCAGGAAAAAUUAUUUGCACUGGAGCAACAAGUGAAGAAGAAGCAAAAUUUGGUGCCAGACGUUUAGCCCGCAGUCUGCAGAAACUAGGUUUUCAGGUAAUAUUUACAGAUUUUAAGGUCGUUAACGUUUUGGCGGUGUGUAAUAUGCCAUUUGAAAUCCGUUUGCCAGAAUUCACAAAGAACAAUAGACCUCAUGCCAGUUACGAACCUGAACUUCAUCCUGCUGUGUGCUAUCGGAUAAAAUCUCUAAGAGCUACGUUACAGAUUUUUUCAACGGGAAGUAUCACAGUAACAGUCCUUAAGAGAAAAUACACGUUACCAACACCUUUAGACUCUGAACAAGUAAGUUUUAGUUUUGACUCAUUCUAUGGGUUUUCACAUCUUCCUUGGAGACUUUUAAAACCUACUGCCAGGGUCAUGCCGAAAUCUUAAAAUGGAGUGUGGGGGAACAAAUCCAUUUGUUCCCUUCUUUCAACUGCCUCUUCCUACAUUUUGGAGCCUAGGCCUCUGCAGAGCCCCCAAAUCUGUUGAGAAGUCCCCAUUAAGUGUAGAGUUUAUGAUGCAUAGGUAAAAUCUACAUUUGAGUUAAUAGGUAACUAAGCAGCAUCACAAACUGAAGACAGUUAGGUUGAUUAGUAUACGUUAUAUAUUUACAUCUGGAACAUCCUAUGAAAUGUUAACAGUUCAGUGAACAGAUACUGAGUGGUUCCCAUAGGCAAAGCACUAUCCUAUGUGGGGGAAGGGAGAGGAAUCAGAAAAGAGCAGACCCUGAUAGCACGUGGUCAGUACCUUCAGAGAGUUCACAGUGGGUACAAUAUGUGUGUUUUUAAGAUCUUUCAAAAGAGUUAAGCGUACGUUAGUGAAACCAUUUUUAUUAAAAUGUUUUAUGAAAAUAUUUGGUCCUUUUUUAUGUUUCCUUUUAUCUAUUAAAGUGGAAUAUUAAAUGUUUUAAAAACUAGUUAUUCCUAGCAUUAUAUGGAUUAAUUCAUAUGUAGCGUCACCUCAUUCCCGUGUGUGUGUGUGUGUGCGCGCGCGCCCCUAUUUACUGAGUGAACUGUGAGGAUGAAUGGCCAGGUUAGUAAUACACGUGGGGGUGGGUAGUGAGUACUAAUCUGCGGGGCAUUUUAGACCAGUUAGCUAGUCACAGC